UCAGCGAUUUACCUGAUGAGAUUUUCAACGCUUGUUGUUCUCAAGUUGAUGAGUGUAAAGUUGGUUGGUGAUAUCUCUGCCGAUCUUCCCUCGCUUCAGACCCUUCAAUUGAAUGAUGUUUGUUUCGAAAAUAAGGAAUGUUUUAACAAGCUUCUUUUUGGGUGUCCCAUUUUAAGGACUUUGCGUACUUCCAUUUACUAUAUAAAAAAAGAAGAAGAUGAGGGUGUUAGGCUUAGUACAGAAUGGUUUCAAUCCUUAUCCAACUUGAACACUGCUGAUAUCGAUAUUGAUGCAUUCGAUGUUCCGUUUAGAGUAAUCUCUAAUGUCAAGAUUUUAAUGCUCACGGUGAAGAACAGGCUUCCAGAGAUCAAUUCCUAUUAUGGAGGCUUUCCUGUAUUUCAAAACUUAACCGACCUUAACUUAUGCUUUUAUAAAUUUAAUCACUGGAAUGAUGUUAUAGAAGUUCUCCAGUAUUGCCCCAAGCUUCAAAUCCUUUCUAUUUUUAAGUUGGCUGUCAAAAAACAUCUGUCCAUAAACUGGAAAUACCCAAGUUCUGUUCCCGAAUGCAUUGCCUCUCACCUCAUAUCAUGUACUAUAAACUAUGAAGGUUGGAAAGGUGAACUUGAAUUUUCAAAAUAUAUUUUACAGAAUGCUCAACUUUUAGAGAUGAUGAAGGUCAACAUUGGGCAUUUCUCUUAUUCAAGGCUAUAUCGGGGUCCUUCAGAAGAGCUAACCUCGUGUCCAAUUAUUUCCCCCAAAUGUAUACUUGUAGUAGACUAUAGACGAUGAAGGUUACCUUAUAUUUUCUUCUAGUUGGAGUAUAUUUGAAUGAGUACUUUUAUGUAGGAGUGGAUUUUCAACUGCAUUUUCAUGAAUUUCAUAACAAAGUAGAAGAGCUUGUUUGCUGAUAAAUUCAUGUUUGGAUUG